AUGUCUCUCAAACCUCUCAAUCUCUGGACCCUCCAGGGCCACGCCGGCACGCCAAACCCCUGGAAAGUCCUCAUGGUCCUGGAAGAACUCAAACUCCCCUACGAAACCAAGUUAGUCAAUCUCACCGACCUAAAGAAAGAACCCUACGAGUCCAUCAACCCAAAUGGCCGCGUUCCCGCCCUCGAAGACCCAAACACCGGAAUAACCAUCUGGGAAUCCGGCGCCAUCCUAGAAUAUCUAGUGGACACAUACGACAAACAACACACCAUCAGCUUCACCGCCGGCUCAAAGGAGUACUACGAAAGCAAGCAGUGGCUUCACUACCAGGUUUCCGGCCAGGGACCGUAUUUCGGGCAGGCUGCCUGGUUUACGGUCUACCAUCCUGAAAAGGUACCCAGUGCGGUUGAGCGCUAUGUUAAUGAGAUCCGUCGUGUUGCGGGCGUGCUUGAUCGGUCGCUUCAUAGUGGGUACCUUGUUGGUAGCAGGUAUAGCUAUGUUGAUGCUGCUUUCUUGCCGUGGUUUGAGGUUGCGAAGCUUUUUUGGGAGGAGGAGAUGGAUCUGGAGAAAGACUUUCCGCGUGUUAAGGCGUGGCUGGGGCGUGUUAAGGCUCGGCCGGCUAUUGCUAGGACUAUUGAUGAUUACUUGAAGGCAAAGGCUGAUGCGGAGGAGAAAUGA